GCUAACUGACCGGGGAACAGAUCGCAUUCUUCCUCCUUCGAAACAGCCGCAUCAUGAACAGGUUCAUGAACAUCUGACUGGACCGUUCAAUCCAAGAAAGCGUCAACUCAAGGCCCGGUAUCAUUUUCAUUUAACCGUUAUCCAUGAGAUUCUUCAGGCUUACCUUCAAGUGCUUCGUCGACUGCUUUUGAAUCUCCUUUGUCAACGGCUGAACUGACCGCGGCGCCUUGUGAAAUUUUCCAUCUCUCAGCUGAGGGGUCCUAACCUGUGUUGAUCACAAAAACUGCGAUUUUUGAUGUUCAAUAAGGUGAAAUAACAAACCCAGUAAAUCAAAAAGACAACCAGGGCAUUGCGUACCAAGGCUGCAUCUCCCUGUGCCUCUGUGACACCACCGGGGUCCCUGUUAGCCAGGCGCAUUUAUCAAACUUCACCAGCCCCUGGCUCUAACAUCAGCUUAAAAAGAAGAAGAGAUCUAUUUUUGUGUCGAUACCGAAUAACAUGUCACCAGAGUUAGAGGAGAACAGCCAAGGUGAAAUAAGUCUCCCCCAAUUGGAGGCAGGGACCCUCUCCGAGGAGGAGGGUGGGGGGUCAGCUCGCCCCCUGGUGUCUGUGUCUGGAGCUGACCCAGGGUGUGGUGAGGGCGGAGGAGCUGGCCCAUUGCAUACGCAGGAUGGGUCUGGGACUGGAAAUGGGGCUGUAGCAGUACCAUUUCCGGAGAGAGAAACAUGGACCAGACAGAUGGACUUCAUCAUGUCCUGCGUGGGUUUUGCCGUCGGCUUGGGCAACGUGUGGCGGUUCCCUUACCUCUGCUACAAGAACGGAGGAGGGGUUUUCCUGAUCCCUUACUUGCUGAUAGUGUUCAUCGGAGGGAUCCCAGUCUUCUUCCUAGAGAUAGCACUGGGACAAUUCAUGAAGCAGGGAGGGGUCUCUGCCUGGAACAUCGCACCCCUCUUCAAAGGUUUGGGCUUGGCCUCGAUGGUGAUCGUGUUCUUCUGUAACACCUACUACAUCAUGAUUCUCGUGUGGGGCCUCUACUUUCUCUUCCACUCCUUCACCAACGAGCUGCCCUGGGCCACUUGUGGACACCCCUGGAACACCCCCAACUGCACACAGGACUUCCGCCGCUCUUGCUACAACCGCAGUGUUGCGCAGCAGGCUCUGUCGUCAUCUUCUGCCAACCUCCUCUCCUCCACCCCCCUGUUGAACCUGUCCACAGCCCAGCUCCUCCUCAGUGGAAACUGCACGGAUACUGAGGGCAUGCGCUCGCCAGUCAUCGAGUUCUGGGAACGUAAAGUGCUCCGUCUUUCUGGUGGGCUGGACGAGCCUGGUGACAUCAGCUAUGAAUUGGUGCUUUGUCUCAUAGUCACCUGGAUCAUUGUUUACUUCUGCAUGUGGAAAGGAGUUAAAUCUACUGGCAAGGCUACCUUUUCUUCAAAGUAACAUGACAGGGCCCAUUACACAUCUACAGGAAGGACCUAAUGGGCUUCUACUUAAGACUUGAGUAUUUGCAAAGCAGGUUGUUUACUUCACAGCUCUGUUCCCCUACUUGGUUCUGGUCGUACUUUUGGCCCACGGAGUCACUCUACCUGGAGCUUUAGAUGGGAUUG